AUGGAGGCGUCGGAGGAGCUCGACCAUGCGGGUACGGCUCCGGGGGCGACCGGCGCGAAGGAGACGGCGGCGGGGGGCGGCGACUCCCCGAUGAAUGAAAACGUUGGACCGGGCGCGAUGGGCACCUCCACGGCUCAGACGGAGGCGGCUGCUCCGGGCAGCGGGGGCAAAUCAGCGGGCACGCCGGACCUUCCGCAAUCGGAGCCGCGAUCGCUGACCGCGGACGACGACGAUGACGAGCGCUCGGGGGCCGCCGGGGUGACCGCGGAUGCGAGGGAUGACGACGCGGGCGCCGAGCUCCCUCCGUCGCGGUCGCCCGAUGACGCCCCCGUCGCCCCGACGACGACGACGCCCGCCGGUCCAUCGAGCGGCGAUCCCGCCAGAUCCCUCGCGGACGUCCUCGGCAAGCGACCCACCCCGGCAUCGGAUCCCAAGUCGUCGGCCUCGGCGAAGCCACCCGCGAAGAAGGCUGCGCGAGCCAAGCCGUCGACGGGGCCGGGCAUCACGUCGUUCUUCGGAGGCGGCGGUAAGGGCGGGUCCGGUUCGGACGAGGAUGCACCUUCAAGGAUGCCGACCAGGGCCGAGAAACUCGCGGCGGAUGAGGCCGAAGAGGCCGCGGCCAUCGCGGCGGCGCUCGCGGCGUCAGAGGCUGACGAGGAGGACCGGCGCGCGAAGGCGGCGGCGGCGGCGGCGGCGACAGAGGCGCCGACAGCUGUGCCGGUGGCGACAGAGGCGCCGACAGCUGUGCCGGCGGAGGGGGCGGCGGCGGCGACGGCGUCCCCGGUUCAGGACCACGAGCCCGAUCCCACGGCCGCGGUGGUGUCCGCCUCGGAGGCUAAGAAGACGCACCCGCUGCUGGUCGCGGCGCAGCGCAAGAAGGAGAAGGCCGCCGCGGAGGCGAGGGCGAAAGCCGAGGCGGAGGCGAGGGCGAAAGCCGAGGCUGAGGCCAAGGCGAAAGCCGAGGCUGAGGCGAGGGCGAAGGCUGAGGCUGAGGCGAGGGCGAAGGCUGAGGCUGAGGCGAAGGCCAAGGCUGAGGCCGAGGCGGCCGCCGUGGCCAAGGCUGAGGCUGACGCCAGGGCCAAGGCUGAGGAGGAGGAGAGAAGGAGAGCCGCCGAGGAUGCCGCUUUAUUGGCCGACGGCUCGUGCGAAAUCUGCGGCGUUGACGACGACGACGGCCUCCUCUGCGACGGGUGCGACGGGGUGUUUCACGCCAAGUGCGUGGAUUUGGAUUCGACACCCGCGAACGAGUGGUUCUGCGCGCGGUGCGCCGAGCACGGGGUGACGAAUGCGGGCGGGGGCGUCGCGCAGAGGAGAGCCGCAAAGCGGAAAAAGGCAAACGACGAGAAGAGGAGGGCCAACCCUUUCUUCAUGACCCCGGACGAGCGGCGCGUGGCGGCCGAGAGGGAGGCGAAGCAGGCGCUCAUGCGCGACCUCGAGGCUGUGAAACAGACGGACGCGGCCCUGUCCACCGGGAAGAAGGUGCACCACUUCUUCGCCAUGCAAAAGGAAAAAGCGGCGGCGGCGAAGGAGAGCGGCGCGAGCGCCGCGUCUCUCAACCCGCUCGGGCUCUACGUCCUCCCCGCGCCGAUCGAGAGGGCCAUGCCGCCGGUUCAUAUCACCCCACCCAUCGACCCGACCGUCGCGGAGGACGAGGCGGUCGGCAGGAACGCGCUCGCGUCCGUCGCGGGCCCGCCGCGGAAAAUAACUCGAGAUGGACGGUUUAACCCGUCGCCCGACGCGACGCUCGAUUCGAUCAGACGCGCGCUCUCGCCCCCCGCGGCGGUGGACACCGAGGAGGAGCAAGAGGAGGAGGACCCGGGCGGUGAGGAAGGCGUGGACCUGGAGGAGGCGGAGGAUGCCUACCUCACCGACGCGGCGCGAUACGUGUUGGCGUCCGAGGGUCGAUGGAACGCCGGCGCCAUCGUCUCCGGCGAGCUCGCGUCGGCGCGCGGCGAGCUCCGAGCGCGACUCGCGUCGCUCAGGGCUCGCGGCGCCGCUCGGGCCGCCGGGCGCGACGGUUCAUCUUCCACCGACGGUUCGCGUUUGGAUCGGUCGACUCCCUCGAUCGGUCCCGCCGCCGCCGCCGGUGCCCUGUGGACGGACGCGUACGCGCCGGCCGCCACGGAUCAGCUGGUGUGCGACGGCGGCGCGGCUCGAGGGGUUCGCGAUUGGCUCGACGCGUGGUCGUCGCGGAUUUUCGCCGAGGAGGCGGGGGUGGUUGUGAAACCGCCCAAGGACAAGGAAAAGGCGGGAAACGGCGGGAGGAAGGGGAAGCGGCGGAAGAAGGGACGCGGGAACGCGGCAGCAAGCGACGACGAUACGAGCGACGAGGAGUGCGACGAGUGGGACGACGAGAGCAGCGGGAGCCUCGGAACGUACGCGCCCCUGGUGACCAAGAGAGGCGGCCUUCCCGCGAACGGUCUUUUGCUGUGCGGGCCCGUCGGUUCGGGUAAGACUUCGGCCGUGUACGCCGCGGCGGAGGAGUUUGGGUUCAAGGUGCUCGAGGUUAACCCCUCGCGCAAGCGCAGCGGGCUCGAGGUGCUCAGCCAGUUUGGCGAGGCGACGCAGUCGAGACGAAUCGGCGGAGGGGGCGACGAGCAGAAAAAACAGGGCGCCGGCGGCAUCGGGGGCUUCUUCGGCAAGAAACCCGCCCCGGCGGCGACGACGACGUCCGCACCCGCGAAGGACACCGCCAAAAAGGACACCGCCAAGGAGACGGCGCGGAACACGCUGAUACUCUUCGAGGAGGUGGACGUCCUGCGGGGCGAGGAUCGGGGUUUCAUGGCGGCGCUCGCGCAGCUCAUCGCCGGCGCCAAGCGCCCCAUCGUCCUCACCUCCAACUCCCCUUCCCUCCCCUCCUUGAUCGACGCGCCGCUCCCGGCGGGAACAUCCGGCGACGGCCUGAGGCUCGCGCGGGUUCGUUUCAGGAGCCCGUCCCCAGCCGACGCCGCCGUCUACGCGUCGUUGGUGGCGGCCGCGGAGGGUAAGCGGGUCUCGCCCGGUGAGGUGGCGUCGGCGGCGCGGCUCGCCGACGCCGGUGACGUUCGCAGAGCUUUGCUCUCCGCGCAGUUCGCCGCGUCGAGCCCAGCCGCGGAGAUGACGCGACGACCGACCCGUGGCACGACCAAGUCGCGAUCGACGGCGGCGGUCGCGGCGCUCGAGUACGACACCAACGCCGUCGCGGCCGUCGCGGCCGAGCUGAUCGCGCGGGUGGACCCGCGCGUCGCCGCCGCGGAGGCUCUCGCGCCGGCGAGGGCGCUGUAUGCUAUGAGCCUCGUAGCCGAAGCGAGCCAAAUCGAGGAGCGCGAGACGGAGCGCCGGGCGGAGGAGGCGGCCGUGCGCAGGCGCGCGGAGGUUGUCGCCGCCGCCGCCGCCGCCAAGGCUGAACGCGCCGCCAGGAACGACGCGAGGAUCGAGAAGGGGCCGUUAGGAUCGGUUGGCGGGCGAGGGGGGGAUCGCAGGGGUUCACUCGGACUCGUCGCCGCCGGGCGUUCGGCGGCGAACGGCGACGACGAGGACGGAGAGGAGGCUGAGCGGGCGGCGAAGGUCGCCGCGGCUGCCGACGCCGCGCGCGACGCCUACCUCGCCGAGGCUGCCGCCAGGUUCGCCGAGCGAGCGCCGGGCGGUGAGUCACCGGGCGGUGACUCACCGGAGACGCCCCCGGACGCGUACCCCGGCGACGACUGGGCUCGCGCCCUCCGCGAGCUGGACUCGCUCGCGUCGCUCUCCGCGUCGCUCUCCGCGGCGGACGCCAUGCUUAACCCCGCGCGCGCCACCGUCACGGGCCCGUCCAACGGCGCCGCCGAGCGCGUCGACGUCGGCGGCUGGCUCGGCGGCGCCGGGGCAGCGUGGGGCGACGGCGGCGACGGCGGCUGGUUCGACCCGAGCGACGACGCGGAGGAGAGGGGCGGUGCGGACCUGGCGGGGGAACCGAGGCACACGAUCGGCGGGGGCGGGGACGUCGCGAGGGAAGCAUCCGCGCGCAUCGAGCGUCUCGCCGUGGACGCGUGCCUCGGAGAUCGGCUCGUCGACUGUCGUCCUCCUCCUCGCGGGGGUGUCGGCGGGGGACCCCCCCCCGCGGCGACUGGCCCGGCAUCUUCCGUUCCGAAGCCGGCGGUCUCUUACGGGCGGGUACCCGCGAUGGGCGCCGCGGCCGCGAGGCUGCGCGAGCUCGCGGAGUGCACCGGGGCGACGUGCGCGAGGGGUUACGGGUGCGGGCUCGGCGCGACGGGCGAGGCCAACGAGCGAGCUUUUUUCUUGGCGAGGAUCGUUCGGAUCCAGGAGGAGAGCGCGAGCGGGGUCGGGGCGGAGGGCGGGCGGCGGCGUCGUAAGAAGGCGUCGCAGUACCUUCAGGUCGGCGCGGACGUGGCGAGGGAGUUGGCCGCGCUCGGGACGUUCGGGGUUACCGCGUGA